AGUCUUUGUGCGAGGCAAACAUGGCAGCGCCCAUGUUUCAAACAAAAUAAUAACGUAAGGCCUAGGCCUAGGUCUGGAUAAAUGGAUUAAAGAUUGAGAAUGUUUGCACCUAAGAAGAAAAAAGCGAAGCUAGAAACGACUCAUGAUAAGUUGAGUAUCAAAUUUGAAGGCGUAUGCAUUUUCAUAUUACCAUUGAAAAUCCAGAAUGUGAGACUUGAUCACAUGAAAAGGUUAGCGCGAAGAAAGGGUUUCGAGGUGACGGAAAAAAUGAGUGAAAAGGUCACACACAUUGUGUCAGAGCUUUCGACAAGAGAUGAAGUGGUUGAAAGUUUAACGAAAAAUUACAGCAAUUUGUUGCCUUCGUGUGAAAUAUUGUCAGUACAAUGGUUUGUAAGCUGUAUGGAGGCUAAUGAUGCUAUUCUUGUUACGGACGAAUACAGGCUGCCGUCAGAAAGAAAGAUUGACAAGACUAAAUCACUUGAUGACAGAAAAACUAAGAAAAAUUAUUACCAAAAUGCAAAAUAUGCAUGUCAGAGGUCAACUCCUGUCAGUCACACAAAUCGAAAGUUAACAAAUGCUUUGGAAGUUCUUGAGAAACAUGCUGAGUUCUUAACUGAUGAGCAUAAUAACUCUCGUGCACUUGCAUUCAGGAAGGCAUCUGCUGCCCUCAAAGCUUAUCCAUCCCCAAUUACUUCUAUGAGUCAAGCGGAGAAUUUGAAGGACCUAAAAGGAGGGCAGCAUUGCAAACAAGUUGUUCAGGAAAUUCUUGAGGAUGGUUUCUGUUCAGAAGUUGACAAGAUUCUUAGUGAUGAAUGGUACAAAUCAAUGCAGAUUUUUACUGGUGUGUUUGGAUGUGGACCAGUUACUGCCAAGAAAUGGUAUGAAAAAGGAUGUCGAACUUUGGAAGAUGUGAAGGAAAAUAUGUCAAGUACUUUAACCAAGGAACAGAAAAUAGGUAUUGAAUGCUACAAUGAUUUGAACACCCCUGUUAGUCAACAGGAAGCUGAAGUGAUUAAGAAAAUAGUUUAUGAAGAAGCUGUAGAAAUUCUACCAGGAACCACUGUCGCUAUCACAGGGGGCUUCAGCAGAGGCAAAGAAGUUGGUCAUGAUGUGGAUCUGUUGAUAUCUCACCCAGAGGAAGGCAGAGAGAAUGGACUACUACAAAAGCUGCUUCACAAACUUCACUCUAGAAAUCUUCUCAUUUACACCGGCACUAAAGGAAACAGCUAUUCAGAUGCAAUGUAUACCGCUACGGAUGCACGGAAAGGCCACAUGGAUCACUAUGCCAGAUGCUUUAGUGUUUUUAACCUCCAAAAAUCAAUGUUGGCAGACAACAUUGAGAGAGAUAUAGAUAAUAGCUGUCCACAUGUUGGAGAAGGUGGAGGAACAACAAUUGAAAGAAAUUUACCAAACAUGAGUAACAGUGUUGAAAUUUCUGACCAGAAACUGGUGAAUAAGUUUGUGAAAGAGGUGGUACAAACAAGUAAUCAAAAUAAUUUACAAGAUGACCAUGUACAGACAGAUUUAAGAAUGUCAAAGAAUUCAAAGAACACUCCUUCAAGCUCUGAUGUAUGUUUUAAGUCAAUGAAUGGCAGUGAUCAACAUUUAAAGAGCACAGACAUAGUAAAUGGUGGUGUUGCGAGGAGAGUUGAUCUGAUUAUGGUCCCUGCAAGUCAGUACCCUUAUGCACUUCUAGGUUGGACAGGAUCUCGAAUGUUUAUAAGAUCGAUCAGGGAUUACUCACGGAAAGAGAUGAAUAUGAUAUUAACCAGUCAUGGAUUAUAUGAUAAAACAACGAACAAACUUUUGCCAGCCAAAGAUGAGAGGGAAAUAUUCCAGCACUUAAACCUUGAGUACAGAGAACCAUGGGAGAGGAACUGCUGAAAUAUAUAAUCAAUCAUAAAAUUCAAAUGUAUUAAUGAAAUUUUAUCAAUUAGAUAAUAUUUAAAUUGGAAGUAAACAUAAGUUAAAAAAUACAUGAAUUGAGAAUUGAAAGUUUGAAGAUUCAUUUAAUGGCAUGUCCAUAAUAAAAAGUUAUUCAAAAUGGAAAUUCCUUGCUUGGAUACACACAUUGCCAAAGUGUAAUAUACUGUAUAUCAUUAAAUAUUAAAGUAAUUAAAACAUUUGUAUAUAAUUGAGCUGAAACCACACAGAUUAAAAAACAAAAUGAAUUCAAUAAAAGGUUCAGCAUAUACAACAAUUGCUCUCAUGAUAGAAUAUGGGUGAAAAGCUUACAAAACAAAGGCUGAAAAUGCGAAAAAAAGUUAAAAUCAGCAUUAAAAGGGUGAAAAUGAUUCUAAUGUUAAGAGUAUGAAUGAAUUUAAAAAAAAAAAACCUUUUUCAAAUGAGAUCAACAUUAUAAAUCUAGGUAAAAUGUACAAAGGAUUGAGUUGGGCUAAAUUUUUGCAGUAUGUUUUAGUGAAGAAAUAAUCAACCCGGGCAGUAAAAACUGAGGGAGAGAGCGCAAAUUUCCUUAUAAACCCCCAUUGACAGUCAAAAUGGAAGGGGAAGCAUACAUUCCUGAAUGCGACCCCCUUGACAGUCGACAUGGAGGACAGCAUACAUUCCAUUAAGCAACCAUUUUCUUUAAUAAAAAUUAGGAGGCACAAAUUUCUCUUAGCAGCCAUGAUAGAUGUGAAGGGGAACACAUUUUUCAUGUACUUGCAUCAAAACACAGAGAAGGAACAUAUUUUAUUAUGCACUGUAUUUGGCAAUUAAAAUUGGGGAAGGUACUCAUUCCAUCAUGAAACACCAUCAAAUUUGAGGAGAGAUAAAAUUUCUUUAUGCAACCCUGUUAGCAGUAAACGAAGGGACACACAUUUGUUCACUUUGUAUUGCAUUCAAAACGAAGUGGGACACGUCAACAUUCUCUGCACCUCCAUUUGCCAGUCAUAAACGAAGGGAACCUGAAUGCCAUCAUGUACCCCUCCCCACUUUGUAUUUCCAAUGUACGUAUUCUGAAACUUUAUGCCCUGAAAAAUUGUAACUUACACAUGAAUAAAGUAUAGAGUUUAAUAUUUUCAAUUGUGUCUUACGGUGUCUGCAAGUCGGAACUCAUUCCGGUUUGACUGUUGAAAUAAACAAAGAAAAGCUUGUGUUUCAUGUAAGCAAAUGCGAGCAAUGACAUUCCAGUGUAAUUUCUAAUUAGAUUAUUUCGUAUGUUUUAUAAACAUCGAUAUUAUGUAGUUAUGCCUUAACUGUAUUAAAGUGAUAACAGAAUUUAA